AUGGUCCGGAUUGGUCCGUUCAAGGGCACUGCACGACAUUUUGUGCUGGCCACCUUGUCGACAACGGUGCUUGCCUUUUGUAGCUCCUUUCAUUCGUGUGAACCAUUGCCUAAAAUGCAGGCAACACCUCGGACUGCCCGACAUGUUCCUCAAGCUGAGAGAGCCAGCAUGAGUGCAUGGCAAGCAGCUGGUGCCUUGAUGCUCUUUCUCUCAGUUAUGAUGCCACAAGUUGCUCUGGCAAGAUCCUCCUUACAGACUGACUCGCGACCAGUUUAUUCUGUUGGUGACCUGCACGGGGAUUACAAGAGUACGGUGAAGAUCUUAACAACACUGGGAUUGAUGGGAAGUUCCGGUGAGUGGACAGGUGGGCAGGCAAUCCUUGUACAAACCGGAGACAUCACUGACCGUGGGGAUGAAUCGGGGGACAUUUUCCGUACCCUGUUUCGAUUGCAGGAUGAGGCUCCCCAGCAGGGUGGUCGAGUGAUUCUGCUCCUGGGUAACCAUGAACUUAUGAAUUUGCAAGAUGACUUUCGCUAUGCUACAAAGAAGGAUACCUUGUCCUUGCUUGCGGAUGCCUCCUCCAGAUCCGAAGCCUUUUCAGUUGACGGCUGGCUUGGACAGGCUAUUCGCCAACGAAUGCAGGCUGUAGCAUUGCUGGGUCCGGAGGAUGGCCUCGCCCAGCCGGUGCUUUUCGUCCAUGCUGGACUCCUGCCAGGCUUCGUGGAAUCAGGUAUAGACGCUGUCAACAGUGCUGCACGACAGCUCAUCGGCCACAAUGCUGGUGAUCUCAGCGAGGAUCCUUCCCCUCUGCUGGGAAAUGAUGGCCCUUUCUGGACGAGACAGCUAGCACUUGGUCCAGAGUCAAAGGUUUGUCAGGAAGUGCAGAAGACACUGCAGGCCACUGGGGCAACCAGGAUGGUCCUUGGUCAUACUGCACAGCCAGACGGACGCAUACACGAUCGCUGCGAUGGGAAACUUGUCCUUGCUGACUCACUCAUCUCUCAGUACUACACUGGCACGGCUCAUCCCUCAGCGCUUGAGCUGUUUUCAGAUGGAACGGCUUCAGCUAUCUAUCCAAACACUGGUCAGCGGAUUCCCCUGCGCGUGCCCUGA